GUCACGCAACAACGAAAUUACGAGGACCACAAUUCCGCCGGCUGACUCGAGAGAAUGCUGCGAAUCAGCUUGCUGCUCCGGCGAGCGUUAAGCCAACCGUUGAGGGUAACGGAGAAGCAGUGCAUUUCCGGCACGCCAAAGUGGAUUCCAAAACGGUUCGUAUCCAUCUUUGUCACCUCCGGUAGCAGCAUAGUGCGGCCACCGGUUACGGCCGAUGGUGCCGCCUUUGCAACGACGCAAUCCGCAUCCGUGCGACACUACGCCAAGGCGAAGGAUAAGAAAAAGGACAAAAAGAAUGCACCGGCCAAGGUAGCGAUCAACGACGAGCAGCUCGGCAGUAUGAUCGAUCUGCCGGCUUUGCGGACACAGAUGGAGAAGAGUUUGGCGGUGAUGCGCGAAGAUUACAUCAAAAACCUGUCACUCCGGUCCACGACCGGAUCCAUCGAAACGCUACGCAUCUCGUUCGAGGGCAAGGACUAUCAGCUGCAAGAGUUGGCCCAGGUGGUGCGGAAAAACCCGAAAACGAUCGUCGUUAAUCUGGUGUCCUUCCCGCAAACCAUUCCUGCCGUGCUGCAAGCCAUUCAGCGUAGCGGAAUGAACCUUAACCCGCAGCAGGACGGUACGACACUGUUUAUCCCCGUACCGAAGGUAACGCGCGAACAUAGAGAAGGGCUGGCAAAGAACGCCAAGGUACUGUUCAUCAAGUGCCGGGAUCGUAUCAAGGACGCACAAAACCAGUCCAUCAAGAAGCUUAAGAAGCAAUCGAACACUUCGGAAGACGAAGCCUAUCAAGCGCAACAGCAGAUAACGCAGAUCGCCGAUGGAUUCAUCAAGGAGGCGGAGAAAAUGAUGGAAUCAAAGCAGGCGGAACUGCUCGGUGAUUAGUAGCUCGGUUUGGCGACGGCGUGCCUUCGACAGUCUACCGCGAGACCGCUUGCGGAGGGUACUAGUUGCGAAUAAAGGUUGUAAGUUCAUUAACCACCUA